AUGUUCUCUUCAAAUAAUAUUAUUUAUAAUCAAUGUCCGAUGUGUAACAUAAACAUGGAAACAUGGAGCAUAGAACAAAAAAAUUUGCAUAAGAAUACAUGUUGUGAAACAUUUAUCAUGUAUUGUCAUCGUUGUCCUGCCUGUCAUAAACAAAUUGCUGGUCGAAUAAAAUUUAUUCAUGUACAACGGUUAAUCAUACUUUUAUUCGACUGUUUAAGUAAGUCAAACCACGGAAAUGAAGAUUUGCAUACAGCAUGUGCUUUAUCUUUAUCCAUAAAUGAUGAAAUAAAACGAAGACAGUCUGAAGCAAUUCUAGCUGAAAAAAUUGAUCCCAUUGAUUUAGACUCACCAUCACAUUUACUUUUGUCAAAUGAACAAAGACAAAGAAUAUUCAGUGAAAAAUUAGAAUCAAUCCUACUUGAGGUUAAAAGAGUUGACAAGCCGGAAAAAGAAUAUAAUAACGCUUAUAACGCUUAUAAUAAUUUCAAUGUUCAAUCUCAUCUAUGGAAUUUAGCAUCGACAAAACUUGAUGACAAUGAUAAUAUCACACAAAUGUAUUACGUGAAUCAAUUAAUUCCACCUUUAAGUCCUACAAUCCAUACGUUAAAUUCCAAUAUUAUUUCAAUGUCACAAAUACCUGGACGUGUUUCAAUUCAUCGUCAAAUCAAACAUCAAUCAUCGAACACGAUAACCACUAUGGAUGAAUACAAACUGAAUCAAUCAAGUUAUAGCUGCAAUAAUGACGAUAGUGUUUCAGUAAAGUGUGAACAAUUGUCACCAAAACAAUCUCCUGAACUUGAUCAUAAUCAAUAUGGCACAUCAUCAGAAUUAUCAUCGAUCACUUCCAAUAAUACUUUUCUUUCUAAAUAUGCAUCCAAUAGGAAUCAUAUAAAUUCUACUAAUCCAUUAUUAUCUAUGGUUAAUAAUACGUUAUGCUCAGAUUUAUGCCUAAUUUUAGACGAAGGCGAUAUUAUUCCAACGCAUAAAUUUAUAUUUGCAGCAUGGAAUUUGAAUGUGAAUUAUUCACAGUGUGAUUUAAUAGAAAUUCACAAUCUAUCCAAAGAUGAACUUAUCAAUCUUUUGCAAAUAUUAUACACUGGUGAUCGAUCCAAACUUACCGAUCAAUAUAUUGAUCAUGCGUCAGAUGCAUUAAAAAAUUUGAUCAAAAAUUGGGGUUUAAAUAUUUGCCCGUCUAAAUUAAAUCUGACUGAAACAAAAAGUGAUCACUUAGAACAAAAUGAUGACGAUGAUGAUGAUGAUAAUCCUAGCCGACAUCUUACUCCUACUACUAUCACAUGCUCAGUGUCAAAUCAACCGACUCCAGCCAACCUAUCAUCAUCCACCUAUCCUAUCGUUUCACCGAUACAAAUGAAUUCCACAUCUGAUCUGAUUGAUUGCUCUACUAAUAAUCUCUCAUCGAUUGACACAAUGAAUAUUGAAUCAACUAAUCAAUUUGUCACUACUACUACCACUACUACUACUACUACUACUACUACUACUACUACUACUACUACACCAUCCACAUUCAUGCCAAUUUAUCAGAAUAAUUAUACUCCAGUGGAUAUUCAAUCAAAAUUAUCCCCUAUCAUUUCAAUGCAUUCAGCACAAUUUAGUCGUGAUUUAUUUCUACCGUCGGAUAAUGAUGAUGAUGAGAGUAUGAUGAUUCAGAAUGAAGAUAGUGGGAGCAUGAAAAAUGAUAAUACGGAUCAAACUGAAAUGUUAUUAUUGACCACAAUGAUAAAGACUGAACCGGGAGUAAGUUUAUUGAUAAUUAUGAUGAUGAUUAUGGACAGUAGGGUGAAUUCAUAA